CCCGCCCGCCCGCGCCUCUGCUAGGUGGCCGCGAUGUCUGACAAGGAAUUCAUGUGGGCCCUCAAAAACGGAGACUUGGAUGAGGUGAAGGACUACGUGGCCAAGGGUGAAGAUGUCAACCGGACGCUUGAAGGUGGGAGGAAGCCUCUUCACUACGCAGCAGACUGUGGACAGCUUGAGAUUCUGGAAUUUCUGCUAUUGAAAGGAGCUGAUAUUAAUGCUCCAGAUAAACAUAACAUCACACCGCUCCUAUCGGCAGUCUAUGAGGGCCAUGUUUCCUGUGUGAAACUGCUUCUGUCAAAG